UUUUUCUAUAUCUCACCAUAUAUAUUCUUUAUUUAUUUUACAAAAUAUUAUAAUAUUUUUUCCUAUAUAUAUCACCAUAUUCUUUAGAGGAGGAUAUUGCACUAGCACAUGCACGCUAGCUAGCUAAAAACAUGUGUCCAUGGGUUGUUAUUGCCGUUGCCACCAUUGUGGCAGCGAUCCUCAUUUCUCGGCUGUUGAAUCUCAUAACUCAACCCUCCUCCCCUCUCCCACCAGGGCCACGGCCAUGGCCCAUCGUCGGAAACUUCCCUCACAUGGGCGCCGAACCGCACAAGGCCCUCGCCGCCUUGGCUGGCAAACACGGCCCUCUCAUGCACCUGCGCUUGGGCUUUGUCCAUGUAGUGGUGGCCGCUUCCGCCUCCGUGGCGGAGCAGUUCUUGAAGGUUCAUGAUGCCAAUUUCUCCAGCCGCCCGCCGAACGCCGGCGCCAAAUACAUGGCCUAUAACUACCAGGAUCUUGUGUUUGCUCCUUACGGCCCGCGGUGGCGGUUGCUCCGGAAAAUAACCAACCUCCACAUGUUCUCUACCAAGGCUUUGGAUGAUUUCAGACACAUGAGACAAGAAGAGAAGGUUCACACAAAUGCAAGCCAUAAAUAUAACGACAUUAACCGGGAGGAAAUCACUAAAUCAUUAAUGUACCCUGUCACAUGAUUCAACCAUCUCAGUGCAUGUUUUCCCAAGUAGUGAUGUGGCUUCCUUGUCAAAGAGGACUAAAUUAGCACUGCCAGAGUUAUCUUCAACCCUCACUUGAAGACGGAACCUAUGUACACAUUACAGUAAAACUCGUCACAAAUUGUAGAAAUAUAAUAUCCUAAACAAUAAUAGGAUUACAACUUAAGCAAACCCACCUUGGGUAAACAGCCAUAACAUGGCGAUUACAUCCCUCGCAGAAAAACAUCUUUUCGUUAGCAUACACUUUACGACUGCAUCUACAGGCAGUAUACCACCAGUCCACACCUUCUUCCAUAGGGAGUAUGGUUCCGUAGACAACACAAACACAGUCCUACGAAGAAAACAUUACAAUGAGCAGAUACUGAGCUGAUUUGGGCAAAAAAUCAACAAACCAAAAACAAAAAUGACUAUUUUACCUUCUUAAUAUUAACCAGUUCAGCAAUGGACUUGCUGCUAGUCAAAACCAAAAAAUCCUCUUCCCCAGAUACGGUUUUGGAAUCAGACAACUGGCUUAGGGAAUGGGAUGCACUCGCAUUAGCUUCUAAGUAACUGGCAAUGAAAGAGGCAUUUUAGAUCAUCAAAUUCAUUCACUUGCUACAAAUCAGCUUACUAAUCAUAUUAAAUCCAUACUUUGAUUUCAAGACUUUUGCCAUAGGAACAUCAGGGUCAAACAAUAUUUUGGUAGCACCAUGUACAUUCUGCAGACUGUUGUUCCCCUGGAACGAUUUCACUUUGGCAAACUGGAUAAUGACCACUGGGUUGUUGAGUUCACCAUUUCCAAGAAAAUUAGCCAAUUCAUCAACAUAAGCGCCAAACAGGGCACACUCAACCCUCAGCCUGUUAACAGGUAAUUAUGAGUACUAAAAAUAUUUUGGUUAAAGAUAUCACACUUAUUUGAUCAAAUUACCCUGCAGCCUCAAUCUCAAUGACAUUCAUCUUUGAUUUCUUUCCAUUAGUUACAAUCUCCCUCUCGACUCCGACACCUGUCAAAAUGCCAAUGACAUCUGGAAACAUAUUUGAUAACCAGUAACAUAAGUCACAGAAUUGAUUUAUGUAAAAUUUUGGAAAAAAUAUCACAGGUAUAAAGUAUUACCAAUCAAAUAAGCAGAAUAAUAGCUAAGGCUAAAAUGUCAGCAAUUGAUACAAAGCUGUAGGGAAACGCAUCAAUAGUCAUUUGGGGCAUGUGGCGCACUUCAGUGUUAUACAUGAAACAGAGCUUGUAAUUGUGUCUGGUAGUUUUAUAAUCCCCACUGCUAUCCACUAAGACGAAAGAAGACAAACUGUAGACAUUGCCCUCAACCAGUAACUUCUCAAACUUGUACAUCAACGUCUUCUUAAUAAUCGCAUGGAUCUUGGAACCCUGUCAUGUAUAACAACAUCCAAUCGUUACCAUGAUUAACGGAAAAAUAAACUCAAUUUAAAAACAUAAUAUUACUACCAUACCUUGUCAUCCAUCAGCACCAACUCAAGAGAAAGGGGAAGCUUCGAAGUGGAAAACCCUUGACUGUACCAAAUUCGAACCACCUUAACCAGAAUCCUCCAAUGUUGCUUCCCAGAACGCAGCUCAUCAACAUUGUGGUAAACAAACUCCAUACCGGAUCACGAAAGAUUCAGGUGAACUUGGGCAAUUAACCGGAAUUGAAUCAGGAAGGAAUGGUGUGCAUUUUGGAUGAUCACGUGAAGGUUAUUUAUAACCCAGCGAACCAUAUGCAAGAGUAGGAAUCAUAUUAAAAUGUGGGACAAAACAUAUAACUACUUUGACAAUAGAAACAUAACACAGUCAAAACAUAUACAUAUACAAAGUGGGACAAAUCAUAUAACUCCAUUGAAUUAAGGAAAACCGAAAGCUGGUUGCUGAUGUGACGCGUGGCAAUUUGCUGUGGUAAGGACACGUCGUUAUUUUGUCGUUGGAAGAGGCUUGUGUUUUGUAUCUAGUAUAGAUUCGAUUUCCACAGUUUCUACCCAAAAAAAAAGUUAUAUUUCACUUUUAUACUAUUUCUUAUAUAAUAAAUAUCUUAAUUGUUUUUGUUUGUUGUAUUAUUGAAAUCAACCUAAUGGCUAGCAUAAAACCAACCCUAAUUCCCACUAUUUAGUGUGGCUAAGUUGAUGUAACGCGUGGAUUUUAAAUUCUGCAUCAUUUAGUUUUUUUUACAUUAAAAAGAUAAAUUGCACCUGUCAGAAAGCGAUUCAUAAACCUCUUCUGCCCAACUCAUAUGUCAUUCAGCUCCUACCACUUAAGCUAUCAUUUAGUAACUAUAGUGCAUGUCGAAUUAUUAUUAAUUAAUGUUUUCCUAAUCGCGGUUAAUAUCACCCCUCAACGCAACCACAUGUUGUUUAUUAAUGACAGUUCUAAACUAACACUAAAUUUAGGAAGCAACCAACGCAACACCUGUACAUAUGUUGUUCAUUAAUGACAAUUCUAAACUGACACUAAAUACAAAAAAACAGUCAACGCAACGCUCGUAUACUAUUUAUUAAUGAUGGUUCUAAUUAAAAAAUAUUAAAUUCAAAAAGAAGAAAGAGGAGGGAAAACAACCAAUCAUUUAUAAUAGAACGAAUGGAAAUUGAACGUGUACAUGGGCCUUAGUGCAUAACGAAUAUAUUCAUCAAGGUUCUGAAAGGCCUACAUGUGCUUGAAAGAGGAAGUGGUUCACCCUUUUAAAUAAGGAGGCAAUUAUUGCUUAAGAGCCAACCGAUGCAAAUGAGUUCGGCUCGAGUCAAAACUACUAGGCCAAUAAGGAGAAGCAACUUCCAACACUCACGAUGGCAAAUACUUGUAAAAAUCGAAAAAUGUUGGCAAUGACAAGGGUUGUUAAUUGUUGUAUUUUAGCCAAAAUUGCUUCUAUAAAUCGAGGAAGAGUUAUUUGUAUAAACACACACACAACCAAUAAAUCAAUACUACAAAUUUACUGCA